GCGGUUUCUUCGACUUCUCUGCGCUGUUGCACUUCUGGAGGAGGAAAUGGCGCCCGUCAGGUGCAGCAGGGUUUACAGUGGCCAACCAGUCAAGUACCCUCGAAGUUGACACGUAAGCUACCUAACUGCCUCUCACCGUAAAAGGCUCAGCGGGCUCAGAACUAUGUUUUUAAGCGGAGAGAAGCCCAGUUUGUGUCGGAUGGUGAAGACGUAACAGGAACACCAGGCUCUGAAAUUGGGAACAUUGCUGGUACUGUAGACCCCCCGCAGAGGAAUGGCCAAAGAGCAAAGACAAAGCAGGGCAGAGACAUUUGUGCUGGCUGGAUCAAAUGGUCACAACGGCCAACAAUGGCAGACUAGUUUGAACAACUCGGUUAGUCAGUCUCCUGGCACUAACCACGCGUCGAGGAUGGCCCGCGUUGCUUCAGAUGUGCGACACAAGUGCGCGGCCUACGUGCUGGCGCUGAGACCGUGGAGCUUCAGCGCCUCGCUCACACCGGUGGCCCUCGGCAGCGCGCUGGCGUACAAACUGGAUGGCUCCGUGGACUUGGUCAUCCUGUUGGUGUGUGCGGUGGCUGUCCUCGUAGUCCAUGGGGCAGGCAACCUCGUAAACACCUACUAUGACUUCUCCAAAGGAAUUGACCACAAGAAGAGUGAUGACAGGACUCUUGUGGAUGAGAUCUUGGCACCACAGGAUGUUGUUAUGUUCGGAGCAUUGUUGUACUCUUUAGGGUGCUUGUGCGCCACUCUGCUCUACUUCCUGUCCACACUUAGACUGGAACACCUAGCUCUUAUUUACUUCGGGGGACUCUCCAGCUCAUUUUUGUACACUGGAGGCAUCGGCCUCAAGUAUGUGGCCCUGGGAGACGUGGUAAUCCUCAUCACCUUCGGCCCGCUGGCAGUCAUGUUCGCCCACGCGGUGCAGGUCGGCUACCUGUCGGUGCUGCCGCUGGUGUACGCCGUCCCGCUGGCCCUCAACACAGAAGCCAUCCUCCACAGCAACAACACUAGAGACAUGGACUCUGACAAACAGGCAGGCAUCGUCACCCUGGCCAUCCUCGUAGGGCCCACUUUGUCUUACGUCCUCUACAACCUCCUGCUAUUCGUCCCCUAUGUGCUCUUUUGCAUCCUCGCCACCCGUUACACCAUCAGCAUGGCGCUGCCUCUGCUCACGCUGCCCAUGGCCUUCCCCCUGGAGAAGCAGUUCCGUAGCAGGUGCUACGCCAAGAUCCCCCAGAAGACGGCCAAGCUCAACCUUCUAAUGGGACUUUUCUACGUGUUCGGGAUUAUUCUUGCACCUCCUGGCAGCUUGCCGUUACUGUGAUUAAUUAGCUUUGAUAUUUGACAUUUUGGUCUUUUAAUACAGACUAGUUUUGAAUUUGUAUGAUGCUAUCUGAGGGCUUUCACCAGCUUUAAUUUAUUGUCUAAUUUAUAUGUUUAACAGACAUUUAGUUUAGGUCCUCCUCUGUGACUGAAGGCAUAAUCAGGUGUUCUUUCAGUAUUAAGCCUGCUGUAAUGUAUUGGUAAAAGUAAGAGUUGUCGGUGUCAUUUGUAGAGGUAGAUGACAUUUUAUCAUACCAGAACAGACGAUAAACCUACAGUGGCCAUAUUUGUUGUUCUUUUUACAACGCAACACUGACACCUAAAAUCAUCAAGAAACCAUUAUGCUCAUAUUCUCAACAUUGUACUCUCUGUAUGGUACAUACUGUCCAUUUGUUCAUUGUUUCUUUUUCUUCUUCUUAUUUUUUUGGAGAGCCAAAUAGUAUUUCAUUGGAUUGUAAUAAAACUGACAGAUGCUGA